ACGACGCGGGACGGCGCGGGACGGGCGAGCGCAGCAUGGCGCGGGGCGGGCUGCGGCUGCUGCUGCUGCUGCUCUGCGGGCUGGCGGGCGCGGCGCGGCCCGGCCUCUACUUCCGCCGGGGCCAGAGCUGCUACCGGCCCCUGCGGGGGGACAGGCCGUCGCCGCUGGGGCGCAGGACGUACCCCCGGCCACAUGAAUACCUGACACCAUCGGAUCUUCCCAAGUCCUGGGACUGGCGCAACAUGAACGGUGUCAACUAUGCCAGUGUCACCAGGAACCAGCACAUCCCCCAGUACUGCGGCUCCUGCUGGGCCCACGGCAGCACCAGUGCCAUGGCAGAUCGCAUCAACAUCAAGAGGAAGGGCGCCUGGCCCUCCGCCCUGCUGUCAGUGCAGCACGUCAUUGACUGUGGCAAUGCAGGCAGCUGUGAGGGGGGCGAAGACCUGCUGGUGUGGAAGUAUGCCCACGAGCACGGCAUCCCUGAUGAGACCUGCAACAACUACCAGGCCAAGGACCAAGAGUGUGACAAAUUCAACCAGUGUGGGACCUGCACCGAAUUCAAAGAGUGCCACACCAUCCAGAACUACACCCUCUGGAGAGUCGGCGACUACGGCUCUGUCUCCGGGAGGGAGAAGAUGAUGGCGGAGAUCUACAAAAACGGCCCCAUCAGCUGCGGCAUAAUGGCGACAGAAAAGAUGGCUAACUACACCGGAGGCAUCUAUGCAGAGUACCAUGAGGAUGCCUUCAUCAACCACAUCAUUUCCGUGGUCGGGUGGGAUGUGAGCAGCGACGGCACCGAGUACUGGAUCGUCCGGAAUUCGUGGGGUGAACCCUGGGGCGAGCGAGGCUGGAUGCGGAUAGUGACCAGCACCUACAAGGGCGGCAAGGGUGCCAGUUACAACCUCGCCAUCGAGGAGAGCUGUGCCUUUGGGGACCCCAUCGUGUAGGGGUGAGGUCAGGAACCCUGGGCCACACGACCGGGCUGAUCAGCCGGACGAGAGCGACUGUCAACACUGGACACCGUCACUGCACUGAGCACCCAGAGUCAGCUUUCUGGCUGAAGCGCCCCGCACCCCUCACAGUCCGCUGCUUAGCCCUGCUCGGCCACUGCCCCGCCCCCGGUGAGGAGCGGACCCGAGCCAGGGCACGCGGGCCUGCACGGUCUGCUGUCUCCCCCGUCUCUCCCGGUACCAACCACGGUCUGUAAGACGGCACUAACGAGGUACAGUGCCUGAGCUGGAACCCCACUCUUAUGCCCCACAGAAUCAGUGCUGCCCAUGGCAUGAAUAAAGUAUCUGGCUUCACCCAA